AGAGAGGAGCACCUCAGCUUAAACAUCUCACCAGCUCAGCUCUCAGCUCCAUACCCAGCUCAGCCCAGCCCAGCACAGCUUAGCCCAGCCCAGCUUAGCCAGCCCAGCCCAGCUCCACACUCAGCCUGCACGCUUCUGCUGCUCAGAUCUGCCUCAGGCUCCUCUCACAGCUGCUGCCACACCAGGGAACACCUCCACAGCUCACACAGGCUCCUCACUCACAGCAGAGCAGCUGCAGGGGUAUUGGAUACAUGACUAUUUGAUCUGCAGUGAAAACCCCCAGUGCUGCAUUUUCACUAGGAAUCGGCCGUGUGCUGACGUGAACAAUGAAGCUGCUGUUGGUCGGGGCCUUCCUGCAGUUGCUCCUGGCCUCGGUUUUCACGCUGCCCAGUGGUGAUUACUGGGACGAAUGGGGACCAUAUGGAGAGUGCAGCCGCACGUGUGGCAGCGGGGUAACGGUGAGGACGAGGCGCUGUGUGACUCAGCGGCUCGAUGGAGGGCACAACUGCGUGGGACCUGAUAAGUCCUACCGCACCUGUAAUAUUCAGGACUGUCCUGAAGGAUCCAGAGAUUUCAGAGAGGAGCAGUGUGCACAUUUUGAUGGAUCUGAAUUUCAUGGAAAACACUACAAAUGGCUUCCUUACUAUGGAGCGGAAAAUCCAUGUGAGCUGAACUGCAUCCCCCGAGGAGAAAACUUCUACUACCGUCACCGCUCCUCUGUGGCGGACGGCACACCCUGCCACCCAGGCAGAAAGGAUAUCUGUGUGGAGGGAGUCUGCAGGCGUCUGGGUUGUGAUGGCAUGCUUGAGUCUCAGCAGCAGGAAGACCCCUGCCUGCAGUGUGGGGGGAACGGCCAGUCGUGCUACCCAGUUAAGAGCACCUUCUCCAUGCGGGAUCUGCCCAAUGGUUACAAUCAAAUGUUCAUCAUCCCUGUUGGUGCCACCAGCAUCCGCAUUAGUGAAGCUGUAGCUACACGCAACUACUUGGCUAUCAAGAACCUGCGUGGUGAGUAUUACCUUAAUGGACACUGGGUGAUCGAAUUCUCCCGUGCCACCCCCAUCGCUGGCACCAUGCUCUACUAUCAGAGAGGAACAGAGGGUGAGAUGAUCCCAGAAACCAUCGUUGGUCGUGGGCCUACAACUGAGCCUCUGGUGAUUGAGCUCAUCUCUCAGGAGCCCAACCAGGGAGUGGAUUAUGAGUACUACCUGCCGAACGGCCGCUCCAGAGAGGGCUACUACUGGAGCUAUGGCUCCUGGUCUGGCUGCAGCAGAGAAUGUGGAUCAGGCUACCAGUCCCGCUUGGUCUUCUGCACUAUUGAUAAUGAAGCCUACCCGGACUAUUUGUGUGCCUCCCUGCCUCGGCCGAGCAAUAACCGCACCUGUAACGAACAGCAGUGCCCCCUGACCCGCAGUCUGGUGUAUUGCUCCUGUUCUGUAAGGAUGGCGUAUGUGUACCAGCCGCAGAUGUGGAGACCCAAGGAUCCUCCUCGUGUCUAUGUUCAGGUGUACAGCUGGAAGAUUGGCGAGUGGAACCAGUGCUCAGUGGCGUGCGGUGGGGGCUCUCAGGUACGACGGGUGGAGUGUAUCUCCCAUGAUGCAUCUGGAAUGAGAGUGGUGGAGGACUCUCUUUGUGAGGCCUACUCUGCUAGACCCCUCAGCCAGCAGAACUGCAACAUACAACAGUGUGCCCAGUACACCGUGUCCUCCUGGAGCCAGUGCUCUGUGACUUGUGGCUCUGGGGAGCAGAUGAGGGACGUGAUGUGUGUGGGUUCAGGAGGAACCCGUCUGGAGGACAGCAUGUGCGUGAACCUCCCGAAGCCCCCCACCACUCAGACCUGUGAGAUGCCUGCCUGCAGAAACCUGGUUGGAUGGCAUAUUGGUGACUGGGGUCUGUGUUCUAAAAGCUGUAGCUCGGGGCUGCGGGAGCGGCAGGUGAUCUGUUCAGACACACAGAGGAACCUCUACGGGGCGGAGCACUGUAGCGCCCAUCCCAAACCCCCUACUGUGGAAAGCUGCAACACCCAGCCGUGCUACAGCCCUCAGGAGGUGCCCAGCAUGCAGGACCCGAGAGGCCAUGACAACACCUUGCAGGGAUUCCAGCUUUACACUCCGGAGGAACCCGCUCCAGUACGUCAGCCAGAAGAGGCAAACCCUAACACCAACACUGGUUUGGUUCCUCACUGCCGUCAGACUCAAUAUGGUUGCUGUCCAGAUGGCAGGACAGCAGCCAGUGGCCCCCGGAACCAGGGCUGCGUCCAGAGGGCUUUUUGCACCCGCAGCAGGUAUGGAUGUUGUCAGGAUGGAGUAUCUAGAGCUCAUGGCCCAAAUAAGGAGGGCUGCCCAGAAUAUGUCCCUGUAGCCCCCACUCCUGCUACUCCACCAGAAGACUGCAGAACAUCCACCUAUGGGUGCUGUUAUGAUGGCGUGACUGCUGCAGGUGGUGCUUAUGGAGAGGGAUGCCCCAACCCCCCUACCAGUGCUCAGCGUGUGUCCUGUGAGCUGCCCCAUACGGCCGGCCAGUGUGACCAGUGGACCGCCCGCUACUACUACGACUCCGCCUCCUCCCGCUGCAUUCACUUCUGGUACGGUGGCUGCCAUGGAAACAGCAACAACUUUGCCACAUUAGAGGAGUGCCAGCGCAUGUGUCAGGGCGCUGUUCCCGUCUCGGGCGCAGUCCGUCUGGGAGCCAGCGCCGCCCAGCAUGCCCGCCAUGCCAGGACCCAGCUGCGGGGGCGCCGGCCUUCUCCCAGAGCUGUGCCAGUCAACAGCCCCUCAGGCAGUUGGACUGCUGUGGGUGUGAGUAUAGACAAGUCGGACCCCUCUACAGUGGAGGGGGUGGUUGGACAGGUGGUGGUUAUGCCCUGCAGGGUAAGCCCACCUCCCUCUUCCACCGUGACAGUGGAGUGGAGACGAGACGGCGUCCUUCUCGAUCCUGCCAGGCAUAGACAGCAGCCUAAUGGCUCUCUGCUGGUGGGCCCUUUGAAGAUGGAGGAUUCUGGCUGGUUACUGUGCUUGGCUACACGGGACCGUGAGAGAGAUUAUCGCUAUAUCUACCUCUCUGUCUCAGAGGCUUCUCAGGUUGUUCAGGAGCCGUUUUUACCGAUAGAUGCAUCAGAGGGAACAGAUCCUGCUGAUUCACUGUUUGCAGUUCAUGACCCUCAACACCACACUCCCAGGUUCAGCAUUGACCGCUCAAGCUCAUCGUUGGUUGAGGCUCAUGCGCGGCAUGUUGCCAGACUACACUGCACCAUCCUGCCCUCCUCAGCUGCGUCUUCAGUCAGCAUACAGUGGACCAAAAACGGAGCUGCACUCAACACACUGAGGCACUCUCAGAACUCAGAUGGCACACUGAUCAUUAACAACCUGACGUCUGAUGAUUCUGGUGUCUACACCUGUACAGCUGCCAGCAGUCAACAGCUGGAGCAACUGCAAGUCCAGCUCAGAGUCACAGGGGACUUGAGGAUCACCACAGUCCCCAAUAACGUGCAGGUGUCCCGGGGCAGCACGGCUCAGCUUCCCUGUGUAGUGUCUGGAGAAAACGUCAAUGUGGGCUGGUCCAGAAAUGGUGUUCCAGUGAGGCCAGAUGGGAAUCGAGUUCAGGUGUCAGCUGAUGGUACUCUCAUCAUACAUAAUGUGCAGCCUGUGGAUGAGGGCUCUUACACCUGCAACGCCUACACUGGCACUUUCUCUGUCAGCGCCACUGCUGAUAUAAGGGUUUCCAAAGAUAAUGGUGGAGGUCCAGGUCCGUCAGCUGACUGUGUGGACGAGCCAGAGCUGGCUAACUGUGAGCUGAUCGUCACUGCCCGCCUUUGUGGGCAUCAAUACUUCUCCAGCUUCUGCUGUGCCAGCUGUUAUAACUAUACAGUGGGCAAGGGCAGACCAGGCCGACUUGGAAGAACAACUGGAAUAAUUCGCCACACCGGCUGACCAGGGCUGACAUGACUUUUCCUGCAUACAGAGCCGAGCUACUGCACUCACGAGGGCCAGCCAGUGACUGUAUACAGGAAUGCACAGCAUGGCACCAAUGACUGCUCUCACUGAGGCUUGAAAUUGGGUCAGAUGCCUAGAUGUUGUUCAGAUCCUGAGCAAUGUCUUGUCUUGUUCAUGUUUGUGUGGGGCAUCAAGACCACCCAUACUGUCCACAAACGUCUGGUAGUUGUUGAAACUCUUUGACUACCACACAAUCUCAAUCUCUGGUAUUAAAAUAUGGUGUUUGUGUUGCCACAUCACCCAGUGGGCUGCAGUGGUACUGCAAGAGGGGCUAGAUAUAGCCAGAUAUAUUUUUAAUAUUUUAUUUUUUUCUGUUUUGCUAAUGCAUGAUGUUGCAUAUAUUAUGUAAAUGAUUGGCCAUAUAAAAUGUUUUAUUAAGGUUGAGCUCAUUUUAAGUAAAAUUCACUUGGGCUGGCAUAGUGCAGUCACACAAAGCUAACUGACUCAGGAUUUGGAAGUUAGUUAUUUGCAAUAUUUUCUUACUCUAAGGAAAAACUUUUCUAUCUAAUGACUUUAUGGUUAAGAACAGGCUCUUACAAAACAAGAUUUAGGGUGUACUCACACUAGGCAAUCUCCCAAAACAUGACUUGUUUUACUAGUGUGAUCUCUCUGAACUGAUUAAAAAGGUGUGCCAGGGCACGGUUCUCUUGGACUUGAGCAAGGUAUGCAUGCAGUUCUAAGCACAGAUAAAGAUGAUGUCAGUGAUGCGACGUUCCUGUAAAUAAACAUGUCAGUGUUGUGCCAAAUUUAGGGCCCCGGUCAGAAAAAGCAUCCCAUCUCUCUGGAGCGUGCACUAUGUUGCUAUGUAUGUAACCGUGCCUUUUGACACGUAUUUCUAAGUAAGUUAAAGUGAAUUAUCUCUGCUUUCAUCAAGAAGAUGUUGAGAGAGAGGGUGCUUUUCAUGGCGGGGGUGCUGAAUUCGGCACAACACAGCUAGCCCACUGAGCAGUGAGUAUUGGUGUAUGUGUGCUUGGGCACGGAUUGUUUAAACGAGCUGUGAGUGCAGGUCAGCGGGGCAGUCAACCAAACGGUGCCUAGUGUGAGUACACCCACAGAGGCAAUUCCAGCCAAUAAGUCAUUUUGAUAAUCUACACUACACAUUGUUGUGCUGUAUUUGUUUUGAUCUUAAAUGUUUGAUUACAUUGGUUGUGGGACAUGAAACGUUUAGUGGUUGGUUAAAUGCCCUUAAGACCUACAAAAACAUAUUAAUUUAAAAUAAGUCUUGUAGCCUUGCAUAGUUGCUGAUUAAAUUAACAACCAAAACAUGUUGGAAUAUUGGUCUGGUUUGUGCUGUGUUUGGGCUGGUGUUGUUGAGUUGCAGUUUGCACUGCAUUGAGCCACUAGAGGGCAUCAGAGAUACCACCCCUUCAGCUGCUGCCGUGCCAUCCAUUCAUAUAUACAGUCACUGGUGCCUCCAGAGCCGACAUCAGCUUUUAUCAACCAUUGCAACAUUAACACGACCAUAAUCAGACCUCAGCAGCAGAAGAAAAGUGCAGUGCACUUCAGUUCCGGAGGAUAAAGGACUGCGUAUUAUGUGCCAAUAAAAUGUACUGUUCAAUCAACUCCACUUUACUCCAUGGCUACAGACCAUAACUGCUUUCUUUAUUUAUAAUGAUGUACAAAGCCUUUAUAUGUUUUGUGUUCACUGUAUCAUUGUUUAUGAAGAAAUCUUUGUGAAUCACACCUUUGUAUUUAAAGAAUUGUAAUAAACAAAUUUCAUAUGAUUUAAAGGGAUGUAAACUAAGUGAAUAUUGCACAAGGCAAUCUAUAAAUAUGUAUAAAUCUUUAAAACUUUAAUACUGGAAGAGGGGAUUACAGUGUCAAAAUGGAUGUUGAAAUGUUCCCUAGUUGUGUUUAAAAAAAAAAACAAAACAAGUACUUUCUAAUUGCAACUACUUUGAUACAGUGUGUGAUUAUAAUUAUUGCAUUGAAAUAAACUAUUUUUUUGGUACAAAACUCUUAAA